CAGAGGAAGCCGGUGUUGUUGACACUUCUGCAGGCGACAAUGGCGACCGACGUGAGGCAGGAGCUUGCACAGCUGAUUAAUUCAACUGGAUCUCACAAAGAUCUUGCUGCCAAAUAUCGACAAAUUCUGGAGAAGGCCAUUCAGUUUACAGAUGCUGAGCAACUGGAAUCCUUGAAGGCCUUUGUUGAAGCAAUGGUCAAUGAAAAUGUCAGUCUUGUCAUCUCGAGACAACUGCUCACCGAUUUCUGCACACAUUUGCCCAACCUGCCCGACGCCACAGCUAAAGCAGUGUAUCACUUCACCUUGGAAAAGAUUCAGCCAAGGGUCAUCUCUUUUGAGGAACAAGUAGCCUCAAUCAGACAGCACUUAGCAACCAUUUAUGAAAAGGAGGGAGACUGGAGAAAUGCUGCCCAGGUUUUAGUUGGUAUUCCCUUGGAAACAGGACAGAAGCAAUACAAUGUUGACUAUAAGUUGGAUACGUACCUGAAAAUUGCCCGUCUCUACUUGGAGGACGAUGAUCCAGUGCAGGCAGAGGCCUACAUCAACAGAGCCUCAUUGCUUCAGAACGAGUCCUCUAAUGAACAGCUACAGAUACACUAUAAGGUGUGCUAUGCCAGAGUGCUAGACUUCAGGAGGAAGUUCAUUGAAGCUGCACAAAGAUACAACGAGCUGUCGUAUAAGUCAAUUGUCCAUGAGACUGAACGUCUGGAGGCACUUAAACAUGCGCUAAACUGCACCAUACUGGCCUCUGCAGGCCAGCAGCGUUCCCGAAUGUUGGCCACUCUUUUUAAAGAUGAGCGCUGUCAACAGCUGGCUGCCUACGGUAUUCUGGAGAAGAUGUACCUGGACCGUAUUAUCAGAGGAAACCAGCUGCAGGAGUUUGCUGCCAUGCUGAUGCCUCACCAGAAAGCCACCACAGCAGAUGGUUCCAGCAUCCUUGACAGAGCAGUGAUUGAACACAACCUCCUGUCUGCGAGCAAACUCUACAACAACAUCACGUUUGAAGAACUAGGAGCAUUGUUGGAAAUCCCCCCAGCAAAGGCUGAGAAAAUUGCUUCCCAGAUGAUCACUGAAGGACGCAUGAAUGGCUUCAUCGACCAGAUAGAUAGCAUUGUACACUUUGAGACCCGGGAAGCCCUCCCUACCUGGGACAAACAGAUCCAGUCUCUGUGCUUCCAAGUCAACAACCUCCUAGAAAAGAUCCGCGCUGCUGCUCCAGAGUGGGCUGCUCAGGCCCUGGAAUCCCAGAUGACCCAGUAAACACCCCAACCCUCCCAAAAAAUCUAACAUCAUCCCAGUAAUGGAAGCAUCCAAGGAGAAUCUCUGGUAUCACCAUCACUAAAUAUUCAGAGAACACUGUUUUAUUACUUUUGCCAAAAAGGAAAAUAGUUACAUAUUUCUCACUCAGAUCUGUGUCUGGCAUUGAUGUAUUCAGAGGAGUUGUAUAUUGUUACCUUUAGGUGUGACUUAAUAAUAUUGACAUGGCAUGUUAGAAAUGUGGAUGUGAUCGACCAGAUAGUGGACAUAGAAUUAGGCAAAUGACUCUGGGGACAUCUGGUCUGUUUACGCUUUUGUGCUCCAACACUUGCUCCUGUUUUUUACUUGACAUAACAACGCAGCAACAUAUGUUAUUCUUGAUUUAUUGGCUUCAUGUAAAAACUUCUCGGUCCACAAAGAAAAUUAAAUUCAAAGAGUAAAGCAAUUG